GGCACGGUGAAACCGGCGGGACUCACCCCGGGAGCCGGUGCCUGCAACAGAGGCCUGGGGCUGGAGAUGGGGACAUGCUGGGCCACCCCGGGCCGUGCGACGGGGCUACUAGUGCUGUUGCUGCGGUGCUUCGGGCUUGCGGAGCCUUUCGAACGCUCAGGUAAUGAUCCAUUCACCAUCGUCAACGAAAACACGGGCAAGUGCAUCCAGCCACUGUCUGACUGGAUAGUGGCCCAGGAUUGUAGUGACUCUGGAAACAUGUUAUGGAAGUGGGUCUCCCAGCACCGACUCUUUCACCUGGAAUCCCAGAAGUGCCUUGGCCUAGACAUUACCAAAGCCACGGACAACCUGCGGAUGUUCCGCUGUGACUCCAGCGUCAUGCUGUGGUGGAAAUGUGAGCACCAUUCUCUGUACACUGCUGCCCAGUACAAGCUGGCUCUGAAAGAUGGAUAUGCCACAGCCAGUACAAAUUCAACUGCUGUCUGGAAGAAGGGAGGCUCCCAGGAGAACCUUUGUGACCAGCCUUACCAUGAGAUAUAUACCAGAGAUGGGAACUCCCAUGGGAGACCUUGUGAAUUUCCGUUCUUAGUUGGUGAGAUAUGGCACCAUGACUGUGUUCGUGAUGAAGAUCAUAGUGGGCCCUGGUGUGCCACUACCCUAAAUUAUGAAUAUGAUCAAAAGUGGGGCAUCUGCUUAAAAGCAGAAAACGGCUGCGAGGGUAAUUGGGAAAAGAAUGAGCAGAUUGGAAGUUGCUACCAAUUUAAUAAUCAGGAAGUUCUUUCUUGGAAAGAAGCUUAUGUUUCUUGUCAGAACCAAGGAGCUGACUUACUGAGCAUCCACAGUGCUGCUGAAUUAGCAUAUAUUACGGGAAAAGAAGACAUUGCUAGAGUUGUUUGGAUUGGACUGAAUCAGCUCUAUUCUUCGAGAGGUUGGGAAUGGUCAGACUUCAAGCCACUAAAAUUUCUUAACUGGGAUCCAGGUACACCCAGUACACCUAUGAUAGGUGGAGCAAGCUGUGCACGAAUGGACACAGAGUCAGGGCUGUGGCAGAGUGUUUCCUGUGAAGCUCAGCAGCCCUAUGUCUGCAAGAAGCCAUUGACCAACACAGUGGAGCUCACAGAUGUUUGGACGGAUUCAGAUACCCACUGUGAGGAGGGCUGGCUGCCCAAUAAUGGAUUUUGCUAUCUGCUGGCAAAUGAAAGUGGUUCCUGGGAUGCAGCCCAUUUGAAAUGCAAAGCCUUCAAAGGUGACCUCAUCAGCAUCCAUUCCUUAGCAGAUGUGGAGAUGGUUGUCACCAAACUCCAUAGUGGGGAUGUCAGAGAAGAACUGUGGACAGGCCUUAAGAACAUAAACAGCCCCACUUUGUUCCAGUGGUCAGAUGGUACGGAAGUCACGCUAACGUACUGGAACGAGAAUGAGCCCAGUGUUCCCUACAAUAAGACUCCCAACUGCGUUUCCUAUUUAGGAAAGUUAGGUCAGUGGAAAGUCCAGUCCUGUGAAAAGAAACUCAGAUAUGUAUGUAAGAAAAAAGGAGAAAUAACCACUGAUACAAAGUCUGAUAAACUGUGUCCUCCAGAUGAGGGCUGGAAGAGACAUGGAGAAACCUGUUACAAAAUUUACGAGAAGGAGGUCCCUUUUGGAACGAACUGCAAUCUGACCAUCACUAGCAGAUUUGAACAAGAAUACUUGAAUGAUAUGAUGAAGAAGUAUGACAAGUCCCUUCAGAAGUACUUCUGGACGGGCCUGAGAGAUGCCGAUGCCCGCGGAGAGUACAGUUGGGCCAUCACUGGUGGAGUAAAGCAGGCUAUGACCUUUUCCAACUGGAAUUUUCUUGAACCAGCAUCUCCAGGUGGGUGUGUGGCUAUGUCUACCGGAAGGACUCUUGGCAGGUGGGAAGUGAAAAACUGCAAAAGCUUCAGAGCACUUUCAAUAUGCAAGAAAAUGAGGGGACCCCAGGAGCCCAAGGAAGCAGUUCCAAAGCCCGAUGCCCCCUGUCCUCAAGGAUGGCUCACUUUCCCCUCCAGUCUUUCUUGUUAUAAGGUGUUCCAUAUAGAAAGAACAGUAAGAAAGAGGAACUGGGAAGAAGCUGAAAGAUUCUGCCAAGCGCUUGGAGCACACCUACCCAGCUUCAGCCAUACGGAUGAAAUAAAGGACUUCGUUCGCUUGUUAACAGAUCUGUUCAGUGGGCGGCGUUGGUUGUGGAUAGGUCUCAAUAAAAGAAGCCCCGAUUUACAAGGGUCUUGGCAGUGGAGCGAUCGUACACCGAUGUCUACUGUUAUCAUGGAGCAGGAGUUUCAACAGGAUUAUGACGUCAGAGACUGUGCUGCUAUCAAGGUAUUUGACCAUCCUUGGCGAAGAAGCUGGUAUUUCUUCGAUGACAGAGAAUUUGCUUAUUUGAAGCCUUUUGCUUGUGAUGCAAAGCUUGACUGGGUGUGUCAGAUUCCAAAAGGUAGCUCUCCUCAAACACCGGACUGGUACAAUCCGGAGCGCACUGGAAUUCAUGGGCCCCCAGUCAUAGUUGAAGGAAGUGAAUACUGGUUUGUUGACGACCCCCACUUAAACUACGAAGAAGCCGUCCUGUACUGUGCCAGCAAUCACAGCUUUCUUGCCACAAUAACAUCUUUUACAGAACUAAAAGCCAUCAAAAACAAAAUAGCAAAUAUAUCUGGUGAAGAACAGAGGUGGUGGGUGAAGACAAGCUCGGAUCCAAUGGAUCAUUACUUCCCGAGAUCACGAUUCUCAUGGCACCGUUUUUCCAUACCACUUAGUGAUGAAUGCUUGUACAUGUCAGCCAAGACGUGGCUUCUUGACUUAAGUAAACGUGCAGACUGUAACAACAUGUUGCCAUUCGUCUGUGAAAAAUACAAUGUAUCUUCAUUAGAGAAAUACAGUCCAGAUUCUGCAGCCAAAGUACAGUGCACCGGGAAAUGGAUUCCUUUUCAGAACAAGUGCUUUUUGAAGGUCAACUCCGAGCAGCCUGUUACAUUUUCCCAAGCAAACAGCACUUGUCUGACCUAUGGUGGAACCCUGCCUUCUGUGCUGAGCAAGAGUGAACAAGAUUUUAUUACAUCCUUGCUUCCGGAAAUGCAAACUAGUUUGUGGAUUGGCCUGCGCUGGAGUGCCUACGAUAGGAUAAACAAAUGGACAGAUGGCAGAGACCUGACAUACAGUAAUUUUCACCCAUUGCUGGUUGGUCGGAGGCUGAGUAUACCAGCAAAUAUCUUUGAUGAAGAGUCUCACUACCACUGUGCCCUGAUUCUCAAUCUCAAAAAGUCACCACUUACUGGGACCUGGAAUUUUACUUCCUGCUCUGAACGCCAUUCUCUGUCUCUCUGUCAGAAGUACUCAGAAACUGAAGACGGACAGCCUUGGAAGAUUAACUCAGAAACUGUAAAAUAUCUAAAUAACCUGUACAAAAUCAUCUCGAAGCCUCUGACGUGGCACGGUGCUCUGAAGGAGUGUCUGAAAGAGAACAUGCGGCUGGUGAGCAUCACAGACCCUUACCAGCAGGCCUUCCUGUCGGUGCACGCCACCCUGCGCAACUCCUCCUUCUGGAUCGGACUCUCCAGCCAAGAUGAUGGGCUCAACUUCGAUUGGUCGGAUGGAAAACGUCUUCAUUUUAGUAACUGGGCGGCAAACAAUGAGAAGCUUGAUGACUGUGUGAUCUUAGACACGGAUGGACUCUGGAAAACAGCCGACUGUAAUGAUAACCAGCCUGGUGCCAUUUGCUACUAUCCAGGAAAUGAGACUGAAAAGGAGGUCAAACCAUCAGACAGUGCUAAAUGUCCGUCUCCUGUGCAGAACACUCCAUGGAUAGCAUUUCAGAACUCGUGCUACAACUUCGUGAUAACCAAGAAUAGACAUAAGACAAUCACACAGGAGGAAGUGCACUCUCUGUGCCAGAAACUGCAUUCAAAAGCACAUAUUCUGAGUAUUCGAAAUGAAGAGGAGAAUACCUUUGUUAUGGACCAGCUUCUUUACUACAAUUAUAUCGCCUCAUGGGUCAUGUUAGGAAUAACCUACAAAAACAACUCUUUGAUGUGGUUUGAUAAGACUGCAUUAUCAUACACACACUGGAGAGCGGGAAGACCAGCUGUGAAAAAUCCCCAAUUUUUGGCUGGUCUAAGUACUGAUGGCUUCUGGGAUAUUCAGCCCUUCAAUACUAUCGAAGAAACAAUUCGUUUUUACCAGCGCAGCAUUUUAGCUUGUAAAAUCGAAAUGGUUGACUACAAGGAAGAACACAAUAGCACACUGCCAGAGUUCAUUCCGUAUGAGGAUGGCAUCUAUAAUGUUAUUCAGAAAAAGGUGACUUGGUACCAAGCAUUGAACAUGUGCUCUCAAAGUGGAGGACAUUUAGCAAGUGUUCACAACACAAAUGAGCGGCUCUUUCUGGAAGACAUUGUGAACCGUGAUGGAUUCCCUCUCUGGGUUGGGCUCUCGAGUCAUGAUGGGAGUGAAUCGAGUUUCGAGUGGGCCGAUGGCAGUGCAUUUGACUACACCCCAUGGAAAAGCCAAGGAUCUCCUGGAAACUGUGUUGCCUUAUACCCGAAAGGAAUUUGGAAACAUGAAAAGUGCCUGUCUGUUAAGGAUGGUGCUCUUUGUUACAAGCCUACAAAAUCUCAAGAGCUGUCCCCUCGUGGACACUCAUCCAAGUGUCCAAUGGCGAAGAGGGAUGCUUCCCAGUGGGUCCAGUAUGGGGGCCACUGUUACUCAACUGACCAAGCAUUGCACAGCUUCUCGGAGGCCAAACAGUUGUGUCAGGAACUUGAUCAGUCUGCAAACAUUGUCACCAUAGCAGAUGAAAAUGAGAAUAAAUUUGUGAGCAGAUUGAUGAGGGAGAAUUAUAAUAUAACUAUGAGAGUUUGGCUUGGAUUUUCUCAACAUUCACUCGAUCAGUCUUGGAGUUGGUUAGAUGGAUUAGAUGCGACAUUUGCCAAAUGGGAAAAUAAAAACAGGAAUGGUGAUGGAAAAUGUAGCAUUUUAAUAGCUUCAAAUGAAACCUGGAGAAAAGUCGACUGCUCACGUGGAUACGCGAGAGUUGUUUGCAAAGUUCCUCUGAAUUGUCCUUCAUCUACCUGGGUUCAGUUCCAAGGCAGCUGUUACAUUUUUCUUCAAGUAACCACCAACGUGGAAAGCAUAGAGGAUGUCAGAAACCAGUGUACUGACCAUGGAGCAGACAUGAUAAGUAUACACAAUGAAGAAGAAAAUGCUUUUAUACUGGACACUUUGCAAAAGCAGUGGAAAGGCCCAGAUGACCUCCUGCUAGGCAUGUUUUAUGACACGGACGAUGCAAGUUUUAAGUGGUUUGAUAAUUCAAAUAUGACAUUUGACAAGUGGGCAGAUCAAGAUGUCGAGGACCUAGUCGACACCUGUGGUUUUCUGUACACCAAGACAGGUGAAUGGAAAAAAGGAAACUGUGAGAUUUCUUCUGUGGAGGGAGCACUCUGCAAAGCUGCAAUCCCAUAUGACAAGAAAUAUUUAUCAGAUAACCACAUCUUAAUAACAACUCUGGUGAUUGCUAGCACAGUAAUUCUGACAGUUUUGGGAGCAAUCAUUUGGUUCCUCUAUAAAAGAAAUGCUUGCUCCGGCUUCCUCUUUUUCUCAACUGCACCACAAUCACCUUAUGAUGACGGCUGUACUUUGGUAGUUGCCGAUGAUGAUGAAUAUGCUGUUCAGCUGGACUAAGUAAGACUUUGAUAUAUCAACUACCCUGACAACAAUAAUUUCCUGUGCAAGGUUUUAAUACAAAAGUUGUCACAGAAAACUGAAGCUUUUAUGGUAUUCCUUAUUCUCAUAAUAUUUUUGUGUACUCACUAUGACAACAAAAUAUUAACUUUUUGGUUCAUUUAAAAAAAACAGCAGAUUUUAGAAAGGAGUAACUGUAGAUCAAAUUUGAAGUUUUCUUAAGUAAUUUUCAUUUGAGUAAAUGAAAACUCCAUGUACAAUAAAGCUGCUAAAAUGCCA